CGCGAAGGCGGGGGGGGCUGUUGUUGUUUGGGGCUGUUCAGUCAAUGACAGGUCAAUGCUGAUCGCGGUUGAAUGGCAGCACCGGACAGUCGGCGGUCUCACCGGGAUUUCGAGGGAAACAGAUCUAUUCCAAACGGCGGGGAAGUGCGCAAUGCGAGGGAUAGCGGAGUUCAGACGGAUGCCAAAGUACACGGUCAUGGACCUCGACUGUCCAAAGCCAACCUCUUCACAUUGUUGAGUCUAUGGAUGGAACUUUUCCCAAAGAAAGAACCACAGCAGCGAGAGAAUGACACAGCUGGAGACAGUGGGCUUGUGGUGGUCCAUGAGUGCAGGGUUCUGGGUCUGCAUUGCUCCAGUGUGCAGUUACAUGCAGGACAGGUGGCUGUGGUCAAACACGGACCCAGACUGAAGGGAUGCGAUCUCUACUUCUCCAGAAAACCCUGCUCCACCUGCCUCAAGAUGCUCAUCAAUGCUGGUGUGAGUAGGAUAUCAUACUGGCCCGGUGAUGCUGAGAUCAGUUUGUUGUCAGGUAGACACAAUCAUACAGACUCCAGUCACCAGGAAGCCCUCUUAGAUGCCACAGCUGGAGAGAGACUGAAGUCCAACAGCAGACCCCACAUCUGUGUGCUCCUGCAGCCUCUGGACUGCACCAUGCAGCAGUUCGUGGACGAAACUUCUCAAAACUGUGACUUCCUUGGGAAGAUUGCUGCGGACAAUCCAACUCUCGAUGUUAAGGAUAUCUUUAGAAGGGAAUGGUGGAACAACUUGGAUGAAUUCUUGGAGAAGUUCUUUAUAAAUGAUGAGGAACAGCAUAAGUAUGUGCUGAACAAGAUGGGACUGGAGAGCUUCUGUGCGGAACCAAAUUUUAGCAACUUAAGGCAGCAUAUGAGGAAUCUUGUUAGGAUUCUGGCAUCUGCCGCCGCAAGCGUUCCGGUUCUAGAAGAAGAUUAUGGGUUCUUCAUGAGAGAGCCUUUAGGGACGGGUUCUCCAGCUUUACCUCAGGAUGUGGUGCGACACUGUAUCAUACAGGCCCGAUUACUGGCGUGUAGAACAGAGGAUCCUAAAUUGGGAGUUGGUGCAGUUAUUUGGGCUGAGGGAAAACAGGCGCAAUGUGAUGGCACAGGUCGGCUUUACCUAGUGGGCUGUGGGUACAACGCCUAUCCAGUGGGCUCACAGUACGCAGAGUAUCCCCAGAUGGAUCACAAGCAAGAGGAGAGACAGAACAGGAAGUACAGAUACAUCCUCCAUGCGGAGCAGAACGCGCUCACAUUCAGGAGCACAGAGAUAAAAGAGGACAACACUAUGAUGUUUGUGACCAAAUGCCCGUGUGACGAGUGUGUUCCUCUGAUCAGCUGCGCUGGAAUAAAGCAGAUCUACACCACAGACCUGGACAGCAACAAAGUCAAACAUGACAUCUCCUACCUCAGGUUCGACAAACUCAACGGCGUCCAGAAGUUCAUUUGGCAGCAGAAAUUAUCUGCUAGACAUAUGUCAGAACAAGCUGCACCGCCCACAGCAAAUGGCUACAUGAAACGAAAAGAGGAGGAAACGAAUUUUCAGUGCAAUAAGAGACUGAGAUCAUAGAAGACGUUUCGAAAGCUGCUCUCCUGCCAUGCUGGCAGCAACAGAUGAUGUUCAAAUGCUAUUUAACCUGCCAUACUCAUGCAGCAUCUUACCAUUACAAUACAGCAUAAAAGAGGGACGAUGUUUCAUUAGUUUACUAGGACAGCCUGUUCAAAGUUUCAUUAUAUGCAUUUUAGAAACGGGAUUUGUGUUGAAAACUUGGGUUUUAAAACUGCACAAGUUUAUUGCACACAAUACGUUUUUAAAUGUUUCAAAUUGAAGGGAUAAGCAGAACUGUCCAUCAUGUGUUCACACAAUAUAUUACUAUUUAAAUUUGUUCUUAAUUUACAAAGUGUAAAAUAUAUACAGUACCCAAUGUCCUUUUUUCUUUGCGAAAAAAAAGUCAACGAUGUUGCUAAUGCUUCAGUUGGUCUUUAUUGAAAUGGUACUAUUAGCAUUUCAGAUGGAAACUGCACCUGUAUGUGUAGUAGGAAAAAUUGAAAUUCAAAUUUUGAACAUGUUUUGGCAUCUUCAAUGUAACUGCUGACAAAUAUAUUGAAUAAAUUUGGCUUCAUGCGAAUAAUUUGAAAAUAGUUGCUUUAGAGUACAAAUGAAUUUGUUUCACACGGUGAGUGAUGGGUCUUAACCACCAAAGCAUAUUUCAUCCCAUAAACCUAAAGGCGAUCGCAAUAAAACAAUCAAUGUACUAUAGAGGAAAAAAGAAUGAAAUUUAAUGAAUUUUCUUCAACAGCAUAACUCAAAUAUAGUGAGUUAAAGAGGUUCAUUGCUUAAUAAAGCUAAAUAUGCUCAAUGAGAACAUAUUCAAAACAAUAAAAAGAAAUUAAGCUCCCCCUUCCAAAAUUUCUUCUCAAAUAAAAAAAAUGAGCAAAAUAGUAAAUGAACAACUCAAGAACAAAAGGCACCUGUUUGUACAUUUGUGUCCUCAUUUCAUCUUGUUUUUCAACUAUGCAACAAUCUACUUCUGUCAAAAUCAUCAAAGACAGAUGAAUCAUGGGUUAUAGCACGAAAUAUACUACAGUAAAAGGUAUACAAUAGUACAGAAAUGAAUAUUAUACUACAACUGCACUACAGUAUAAAAAGUACUUUAGUAUGAUGUACUAAAGUUAAGAAAUACUAUAGCACUAGGGUUACUAUAGUAUAGAGCAUACAAUAGUAAUACCACAGCACUAUAGCUAUACCUCACUGAUCUACAGGAAAUCUACGAGUUGGAAUAUACACUGGUUCACUUAGUGCCAAAGUUGAUUUUUCAAGAUUCUUCUAAAACGGCAACCACCUUGAGAGUAAAAUCAGCGCUUGUCUUUUUUAAAAUGUAGGUAAACAUCAAAUAAAAAUAUAUAAAAACAAAAUAGCAAUGCUUUCUGGUGAGAGAAACGGCCUGGCAGCAACUCAGAAUGUACAUGAAGACCCACAGAUGCUCUUUCUGUUUCAGCUCAGAUAAACAAUCAUUAAAAUACUGAUAAAUGAAUUCAUCCUUCUAAAUAAUUCUUAUAAAACACGAACAGAAUAAAAAGAACAGGGAGGAAAUCAUCAGGUUUGUAGUGUUCGGGCGAAUGAGAAAGGCCAUGAAAAGAUUAGUGCAGUUACAAGUCAUCAAGAGAAAAUCAACAGCUCAUAAUUAAUCUUUUGGGAAUUUCACCUCUUUUCCAGCAAUAUCCAAACAACACAAUCUCUUCUAGCAUAGCGAAACUGCCGUGUUGUGGCGCUGUUGGUACCAUGGAGAACGUAGAGUGUCCAUGCUCGCGAAAAACACCCGGAAACGGAAAAUGAAAGUUUACCUGUACUUCCUCAUCUGCACGGUGUCUUGAUGUUCUUAGAUGGUUCUUCCCAUAACUCAAACUGGCUGAUUCUUACUUUUAAAACAUCCUAUCAUGGCACAAGAGAUUGCAAUAAAACAUGAAAGGAAGAAAAAGAAAAGCAAAUAAGAACAGAGAACAUCAAUGAUCCGGAACUUUCUUUUGUAAGCAUCAGAACUAAGAAAAGACACGUUUUUCAAGAUUUUAAAUAGAAUUAUUAUUGUUAAUAUAUUUUUUGUGUUUUUUGUUUUUUUUCCUUAAUACUGCAAUAGCUAGAGUUUAGGAGG